CAUUUUAGCAUUGAACGAAUAUUACCUGAUUGAUCCCUCGUUCAGAAAUAAUAAAUUUAGUUCAACUUCCAAAAUUUGUUAUUUGCAUAGGUCGUUGUAUAUGCACGAUGUCCUCUUCUUCCAGAAACUCCUCUUCGCAUAAGCCGUUGGAGGCAUUUGUGGCCAAUGAGACCCCCAUAAUCGUGAAUAAGCCUCCUCCACAUGUAUUUAAAUUGAUGUCUCUACCAUCAAUGAUUAUAAAGCUCACUUUGGGUUUGCUCUGGUGCAUCAUCCACUUAGCAAUCAGCCUUUUAAGCUUAUGUUCUCAUCUGAUUUUCAAUCUAGAGUGUUGUCUUAUUUCAUCUGGGUUGUUGUGGAAGUACCGGAAUCUCCAACUUGGGAAACUCAAAUACCUCGCUAUCGUGGUAGAUAGCAGAGAAGCUAAGAAUACCGUGAAGAUCAAUCAGCUGUUAUAUUGGCUCAAAACUCUUGGUGUGAAGUAUGUAUGUCUCUACGACAUUGACGGAGUGCUGAAGAAAUUGUUUGAACCUGGUAUGAAUGGCUCAAGAGAUAACAAUCCCGGAGAUUAUUUGGAUGUCAGUGCAAAUAUCAAAGCCUUAGACUGUUGUCAGAAACAGAUGACGAUAGAGUGUAUUUCUGGUUCUGAUGGCAAAGAGGGCAUUGCUAAAGCAGCCAACUUACUUUGCUCCACUUAUUUAAACGGUGAUAGCCAUACUCAAGAGGAUGUCAAAAGUGAAGUGAAUGUAAAAAAUGAGCCAGUAUUUACAGAAACUGACAUGGCCAGUGCACUGAAAUCCAUAGGUUGUGCUGGACCAGAACCUGAUCUUCUACUUGUGUAUGGUCCUGCCAGAUGCCAUUUAGGCUUUCCUACAUGGAGAUUGCGGUAUACUGAGAUUAUGCAUAUGGGACCUCUGAAAUCAAUGAAAUACGGUGCCAUUGUGAAAGCCUUCCAUAACUACUCAAAGAAACACCAAAACUAUGGUAAAUGAGAGCUGCUGAUACUUAUAUACUGAAGACCAGAUUGUUGCGUAGAAAAGUACUCCUGGAACUGGAAGCUUGACAACUGUUUUGUCUUCCUGUUCGUUAUUAUACUAGUAGAGGUUAGUUAAGAUCAAGUCGAUACCCAUGUUGUAAUAUCUUUUGGCAAGAUUAGAAGUGUUAUUGAUAGAACAUACGGGAAUGGAUCCCAUUGUAAAGCUUGCCUGGUCAUGAAGAUUAAUGAACCUGCUCCUGAGCGAGCACACAUGGAUUGAUAUCAGCAAUGUUAUGCACCCAAAUCAUGCCAA